GAGGCCAAAGGGACAGUUGGGCUUCGAUGCAAUCGAAGCUCCCUUCUCUAUUUUAAACCCUCACCUCCAUUCCCAACUCUCAGUCUCUCUCUCCUCAUACACGAACCCUCUCUUCUCGAAAUCAUCGAUGGCUCAAAUCGUCAGUGGAUCGUCUUCUCUCUUGAGCCCUAGCUCUGGAUCUGGAGCCAUCAAGAAAUUGGAUAAGCUUAAACCCUCAGCAAUUCCUUCGAAAUUAUACGGAGGAGAGAAAGAGGGCAAGAGAAGCAGAGGGCGUGGAAGUCCUCGAGUUGAAGCGGUGGCCAGUAGAUUCUCUACUGCGUUUCCGGUUUCUUCUGAUGAUUUGAUGAAGGAAGAUGAGAAAUUUCAACAGCUCAAGAACAUUCAGCAGCAUGGUAAUGGAUCGCUGAGUGCAUGGUCCAAACCAAAUGUGAGGCGAAAGACUAAAAUAGUUUGCACCAUUGGACCAUCCACCAAUACGAAAGAGAUGAUAUGGAAGCUUGCAGAAGCCGGCAUGAAUGUUGCUCGGCUUAAUAUGUCACAUGGAGACCAUGCUUCUCAUCAGAAGGUCAUCGAUCUUGUGAAAGAGUAUAAUGCUCAAUCAAAGGACAAUGUCAUUGCAAUCAUGCUUGAUACUAAGGGCCCAGAAGUUAGGAGUGGUGACUUGCCACAACCAAUUGACCUAGUGAGCGGUCAGGAGUUCUCCUUCACAAUAAAAAGAGGGGUUAGCACAGAUGAUUGUGUUAGUGUGAACUAUGACGACUUUAUUAAUGAUGUAGAAGCUGGUGAUAUGCUCCUUGUAGACGGAGGAAUGAUGUCUUUAAUGGUGAAAUCCAAAACUGAAGAUACUGUGAAGUGUGAAGUUGUUGAUGGAGGUGAGCUCAAAUCUAGGCGCCAUUUGAAUGUUCGUGGAAAAAGUGCUACUUUGCCAUCCAUCACUGAAAAGGAUUGGGAUGAUAUUAAGUUUGGGGUUGAAAAUAAAGUAGACUAUUAUGCAGUUUCAUUUGUCAAAGAUGCUGAUGUUGUGCACGAAUUGAAAGGCUACCUGCAAAGCUGUGGUGCUGAUAUUCAUGUAAUCGUGAAAAUAGAAAGUGCUGAUUCCAUCCCAAAUUUGCAUUCUAUAAUAACUGCAUCUGAUGGGGCUAUGGUAGCUAGAGGUGACCUUGGAGCUGAAUUGCCAAUUGAGGAGGUUCCGUUGCUGCAGGAAGAAAUCAUUAGAAUGUGUCGGAGCAUGGGAAAAGCUGUUAUCGUUGCAACAAACAUGCUGGAAAGUAUGAUUGUCCAUCCUACACCGACCCGAGCAGAAGUCUCAGACAUUGCCAUUGCUGUCCGUGAGGGUGCUGAUGCAGUCAUGCUCUCUGGAGAAACUGCUCAUGGAAAGUUCCCUUUGAAAGCCGUGAAAGUCAUGCACACAGUAGCUCUGAGGACCGAAGCUACUUUGGUGGAAGCCGAAAAACCAACUAAUCUUGGACAAGCAUUUAAGAACCACAUGAGUGAAAUGUUUGCCUACCAUGCAACAAUGAUGUCAAACACUCUAGGCACAUCAACCAUAGUGUUCACUAGGACUGGCUUUAUGGCUAUCCUACUCAGCCAUUAUCGACCCUCUGGAACUAUUUUUGCCUUCACUGAUGAGGAGAGAGUGCGACAAAGGCUGGCCUUGUACCAAGGGGUGUGCCCCAUCUACAUGAAAUUUUCAGAUGACGCAGAAAAGACCUUUGCUGAGGCUCUUUCUUACUUGCAGGAGCAUGGCAUGGUGAAGGAAGGCGAGGAGAUAGCUCUCGUUCAGAGCGGCAGACAGCCAAUCUGGAGGUCUCAAUCCACCCACAACAUCCAGGUGAGGCAGGUAUAAUCUAUAUACUUGGAUGAAGCCUUUUUCUCGCACGACCUACCGAGUGAUGCUGAAAAGGCAAGAAGACUUGGGGCAAACUAGCUUCCCAAUUCUGGGAAUGUGGGUUUCUUCUUCUCAUUUUUGUGUAUCCAGUGUGAUAUGUCGCUUUUUGUUAUGUAUUUUGGGGCUGUUUGGGACCAGUGUGGAUUCCAAUUGUAUGCCAGAUUUGAUUCUUAGUUUGCAUGAAUAAGAUGUUAGAAUUGUUUUAUUUCACUUACAGUCAAUUUUAGGUAUCUUAUGGUGAUUGCUUUGUAUAACGUUAACGGCCUAGGGUAGUCCACAAUUAUCAUUUAUUUUGAA